GGGCCCUUCGGAAAGAGGCGGAGCCUACCUCGCAUCAGGACCAGUCGGACUGCACCUGCAUCCUUAGCUCAGAGCAUCCCUGGAGCAUCUAAGAGGAACGCGCAGCUAGCAACCAGGGAUCGGACUGUCGCAGGGGCAGUCUGCCAGGCACCUUCCCCUCCCCUGAUCCGGAGGUCUACAGCCGCGGCCUCGGUACUGACCGAGAUCCCCAAAGUUGUCUGACCUCUGCAAAAGUGUUGCUAUCAGCAGCCUCUGAUUACAACAUGGCUGAGAUCACAAAUAUACGCCCCAGCUUUGAUGUGUCACCGGUGGCGGCCGGCCUCAUCGGGGCCUCUGUGCUGGUGGUGUGUGUUUCUGUGACUGUCUUUGUGUGGACGUGCUGCCACCAGCAGGCAGAGAAGAAGCACAAGACCCCGCCAUAUAAGUUCAUCCACAUGCUGAAAGGCAUUAGCAUCUACCCAGAGACCCUCAGCAACAAGAAGAAAAUCAUCAAAGUUCGGAGAGACAAAGAUGGUCCUCGGAGGGAGAGUGGACGAGGGAACCUGUUAGUAAGUGCCGCAGAGUCUGGCCUGCUGAGCCAAGACAAGGACCCCAGGGCGCCUAAUGCCGCUGCGUCUUGUAUAGACCAGUUACCCAUCAAAAGAGACUAUGGGGAAGAACUGAGGAGCCCCAUGACAAGCCUGACCCCUGGUGAGAGCAAAGCCACCUCCCCAUCAUCACCAGAGGAAGAUGUGAGGCUAGGAUCCCUUACCUUCUCGGUGGACUAUAACUUCCCCAAAAAAGCUCUGGUGGUGACAAUCCAAGAGGCCCAUGGGCUGCCAGUGAUGGAUGACCAGACCCAGGGCUCUGAUCCCUACAUCAAGAUGACCAUCCUUCCUGACAAGCGGCAUAGAGUGAAGACCCGUGUGCUCCGCAAGACCCUGGACCCUGUAUUCGAUGAGACCUUCACCUUCUACGGCAUCCCAUACAGCCAGCUGCAGGACCUGGUGCUACAUUUCCUCGUGCUCAGCUUCGAUCGCUUCUCUAGGGAUGACGUCAUUGGGGAGGUCAUGGUGCCGCUGGCUGGAGUGGACCCCAGCACGGGCAAGGUUCAGCUGAUCAGGGACAUCAUCAAGAGGAACAUCCAGAAGUGCAUUAGCAGAGGGGAGCUCCAGGUGUCGCUGUCAUACCAGCCCGUGGUACAAAGGAUGACAGUGGUGGUCCUCAAAGCCAGACACCUGCCCAAGAUGGACAUCACCGGUCUCUCAGGUAGGGCCUCAGAUCCUUAUGUCAAGGUGAACGUCUACUACGGCAGAAAGCGCAUCGCCAAGAAGAAAACCCACGUCAAGAAGUGCACUUUGAAUCCAGUCUUCAAUGAGUCCUUCAUCUAUGACAUCCCCGCCGACCUCCUGCCUGACAUCAGCAUUGAGUUCCUUGUCAUUGACUUCGAUCGCACUACUAAGAAUGAGGUGGUGGGGAGGCUGAUCCUGGGGGCGCACAGUGUCACAGCCAGUGGUGCGGAACACUGGAGGGAGGUCUGCGAGAGUCCCCGAAAGCCCGUAGCCAAGUGGCACAGUCUGAGCGAGUACUAAUCCUUUCUCGCCUCCGACCCUGGGGCCAGGCUGGGGAGGCGCGCGCGGCGGGGAGAGAAAAGACAGAGAAGCUGACUCAAAACCUCAUUUUAGUCGUAGAAGAAAAAUUUCUUACAAAACAAACCACACAAAGAACAUCCUACUCCACACAGCUGCAGAUCAGUUCUUAGCGUGAGGACUGUUUUCUUCUUUGCAAGGCACUAGACGAUCUUCUGUUUUUAAAAUGAGAGGAGAGAGAGAAGGAAAGACCCCACAGUCUAUAUAUAACAGUGUAACCUUAUACUUGCAUGUCUAAUACAAACAAGAAAUUAGCCUAACCGAUGUCAAGUUGCAGAUUUUAAUCCAUGAAAAUUGUGUUUUGUGCCGAACUGUAUUUGCUGAUCCCCUGAAAUUGGCCUCUUUUUAUCGGGCUUCUCUGGGUGAUUCCAGUUCCCCAUCAUUGCAGAUUGCAGAAGAAACGUCUGCGCUUGUAAAACCCCGUGUCCCCGUCACGCCAUCCUUUUUUCUAUCCCCUCUCAGGUCUCUGCUCUUUGGCCGAGUUCCGAGUCCAGAGGUCUGUAGUAAGCAAAGUGGGGUUUGCAGGGGAAAGGGUCACUGAGAAUGGGGUGUCUGCUCUCGGGCGGCUGCCGCGAAGGAGCGGCGGGCAGGCGGCCCUAGUGAUAGCUCUGGUGAGCAGGGCAGGCCCGGGAGGCGGAACCCCACUUAGGACUCGCUGACUUUCUUUCUCUGGAAACUGGGAGAGCUCAGCUUCAACCAGAGGGAAGUCUCGAUGAACACCGGCUGAUCUUGCAGGACAGGGGACAAGGGGAGGAGGUCAGAUAUCCACCCAGAGGCUCUGGCGUCUCCUCAGGAUGUAGAUGCUGAUGGAAGUUGCUUUGUUUCAUAAGGAAACAGGCCUCGGAAAUGACUCCCCCUGAGGCUUACAGGGACGACUCUUUAGAAAGCUGAGUGGGGCCGAAUAGUGAGAUAAUGCGGAUGCCUUCAGAGCCUCACCCUCCUCAGCAGCGAGUGCAAGGCUGGACCACUGAGUCUCACCAGGACAGUGUGGAGCUCAGAUCCAGGUCUCCUCAUGGAGACUUCAGGAAUGGGAGGAGAGCUUGGUGGGCAGUGCCUAUUUUUAACAGCCUGAAGAGGACCUCAGUCAAAUAAGAAGUAGCUCGAUCCAGGGCCUGACAGAUGAUCUGUAACUGAAGUGCCCACUCCCCUACAAGAACAUCCCUUUCCAGCUGAGAAGGGGUGGACAAGCUGAGUUUCCAUGGAGAGGGUGUCGACACUGCCUUGGGUGUUCCCUUAGUGCUUGUAGGUUUUAAUCCACUCUGCCCCCGCACCCAUCCUUUUGGGGUUUUUUUUUGUUGUUGUUGGUUUUGUUUUUCCUGCGGAAUUCUUGGCAAUGCAGAGCAGCCCUGGAGAGGCAGGGAAACCCACUCUGCUCUUGCCUUGCCAGCCUUUAUAGCCCAUGAUCUGACUUCCUGUUUCGCCAUCAGCUGGGAUCACACCACUAGUCUCCGUCCUUUAACCCAUGGAAUGUAAAUAUUGUAUCAUACGUAGAAGAAAAUACUUUUUGUUUUCUAAAAAGGCAUUUUGACAUAGUUUAAUGAAAACCUGGCAGGAGCAUUCUUAAGCCCCAUUAGGGAAAAAAAAAAAAAAAAAUUGAAAUGGUUCCUCUUCGUCGCCUUAAUGUGUAAAGAUCAGAAGUCACCGGGCAGCUUUGCUUCCUUCCCGGAAGCAACGCUAAGGUGACAGGUGGAGUCUGGUCUCUGCCCUGCUGUCUGUGCCUCUGUCGCUCCUCCUGAGAAGUCGGGGACACAGCCUCCCCCCCUCCCCCCUCCCCAUCUCCAUGCAACUCAACCCCUUGCAUCCUCUGGGUCUACUGAGCAGUGGGGUGGUGGGGGGGGAGCCGGUACUUCCACAGGCUCGGGGCUGCCAGAAAAAGACAGCGCAGGAUGCCUCCUCCUACCUCAGGCCUGAUCCAGCGUGUCCUAUCGCUUCUUAGCUGACUGGCUUUCACAUCUGUUCUUUGCAGAGCUCGCUGAUGUGGGUGGAGGCAAAAUGCCUCUUCCUGUCGGUGGAAAGACAAGAGAGUCACACCCUAGGUUUUGCACAGGGCACUUGUGGUUAGGAAUUGGUUAGGGAAAGGUCACUCCCGAUUUCCCAGCAGCCAGUCCUCUGUAGAUUUCUUGACUCUGGGACUCUGAGAGCUAUUCACGACAUCUAAAGGUCCCUUGUGAGUUCUUCUUCUUUGCGUUCUCAGCAGAGCACAGCCACGAGGUGUGUGUUUGGGAACAGAGCUGUGCUAGAGAGCAGAGACCGGCUAUGUGGGACCAGGGUGACCGACGACGUAGGCGAGGGAUCUGGAAGACUUUCAGCAUUGGUCAUGACGGUGGCAUCACCCUCACCACGAUCCCUCCCCACACAGGUCGUCUUUCUUUACCUUGUGUCUUCUCUUGUAAAAAUAAGACUCAAAAUAAAAGUGUCAAAUUAAAAAGAAAAAAAAAUGGAAAAAGCUAACAUGAACUGUGUGAAGUUGCAUAAUGCUGUGACGCUCACCUGCAAUAUGUAAUGCUAACUUGUCUGUUGAACUUGUUAAUGCGCCGUCACACACGUGCAGAAUAAAGACUGAUUCACAUUAAACGGG